AUGGCAUAUGAUCGGUAUGUUGCCAUUUGCAAUCCACUGCAUUAUAAGAUGGUGAUGAAUUGGAAAGCCUGCACUAAAAUAGUGAUUUUGGUAGGGGUCACAGGUCUUCUAUAUGGAACUUUACAUACCAUUGGCACCUUUUCCAUCCCUUUCUGUUCCAAUGUUGUCAACCAGUUUUUCUGUGAAAUUCCACAACUGCUAAAGCUAUCCUGCUCUGGAUUCAAUGUAGUUGAAGUUGGAGUUAUAGUGGCCAGUGCUAUUGCAGCAUUAUGUUCUUUUAUUUUGAUCCUUGUGUCUUAUGCCAUGAUCUUCAAGGCAGUGUUGAAAAUUCCUUCUGUGAAAGGAAGGCAGAAGACAUUCUCCACUUGUUUCCCCCAUUUUUUAGUCUUUUCCAUGUUUUUGGUAACUUCAUGCUUGGCUUAUCUGAGACCCCCCUCUAACACUCCAACUUACUUAGAUUUAGCAUUAACUGCCCUAUAUUCUUUAUUUCCACCCUUGUUCAAUCCAAUCAUCUAUAGCAUAAGAAACAAGAAUAUCAAAUCUGUCCUGUCUAAAUUAUGGAGAUUCUAA